AGAAUCAGCCCACAGCAAGUAGGACACAACUUGUUCCCAGGUCACAGGAUGCCUCUGAUAUUAAGCCAGGAAGUGAUUGUAAGUCUGACAGUCCCUGGGAUGGGAAUGUUAGACUGUUCAGCAUCUAACACAGCACAGCCAGGCCGGAUCGACGCACACGACUGUCACUGACACAACUAUAUGGGUUUAAUUCACCCCGUUGGUUAUUUCAGUGCAAAUCUGUAUGUGUCUGAGACACACUCGUUUCAGAUGAAGAGCAGCCUAAAUUUGUUUCUUUUCAUAUUCAUCACCCACUUUAUCCUCCCCCUGCCUUUUCUUUCCAUUCCCUUUUUAUUUCUCUACCCCCUUCCCCUCGCAUUCCUUCUCCUCCUCGCCCCAUGUAGGUCAAACUUCUUUAUUUUCUUAUCUUUCCUCUAUUCCUUCUCCCACCCCCUCCUUUUUCUGCACCUUCUGCUCCUGUGCUGGAGAGCAGCUGAUAGGAGGUCAGGCAGGGACCUUUCAUUAUCAGCAAAAUCACUUCUGAUUCGGAGCAGAAGGCAGAGAGAACAGAAGCCCAGCUCCUCGCUGCCAUGGCUUCAGGGGCUUCUGAACAGGGACUCCAAGAGGAAACCAAAUGUCCCAUCUGCAGAAACUAUUUCACGGAGCCGGUGAGCGUAGACUGUGGGCACAACUUCUGCCGGGACUGCAUCUCUCAGCACUGUGACACAUGGACAAAAGGGGACUAUGACCCUUUGUGCUGUCCCAUGUGCAGAGCUCGGAUCCAGAAGGAGAAUCUCCGGCCCAACUGGGACCUGGCAAGAUUAACAGAAAUACUUAAAGAAUGGAAUCUGUGCAAGAAACACCAGGAGAAACUCAACCUGUUCUGCGAAGAGGACGGGGAAGCCGUGUGUGUGGUUUGCGAGAAAUCCCCCGAGCAUAGAUCUCACAAGGUGCUGCUCAUGAAGGAGGCUGCCCAGAAAUAUCAGGAUCAAUUCCAAACCCAUUUGCUGAUGCUGAAGGAAGAAAAAGAAAAGCUCACAAAAUGUAGACAGUCUGAAGAGAGGAAAUUGCAGGAAUUCCUGGAAAAGACGGAAGCCGAGAGGCAGAAGAUUGUGUCUGAAUUUGAGCAACUGCGCCAGUUUCUGAAGGAACAAGAGCGACCCCUGCUGGCAUUACUGGAAGAGCUGAAGAAGGAGAUUGCGAAGAUUCAGGACGAAAAGGUCGCCAAACUCUUCGAGGAGAUUUCCCGUCUCAGUGAGCUGAUCGGUGAGAUGGAUAAGAAGUGUCAGCAGCCGGUGAGGGAAUUCCUGCAGGGCAUCAGAUGCACCUUGAACAGAUGUGAAAAAAGGAAGUUCCAGCAGCCAGAGGAGAUUUCUCCUAAGCUGGAAAUCAAACUUGAUUUUUGGUGUCAGCAAAAUAUUGCCCUGAAGGCUACUCUGAGGAAAUUCAAAGACAUGCUGUCAUCUGAACUGAAGAGAGAAUGGGAAUUGUCUCUGCCACAGGGUGUAACAAAAACACAUACAAAGGUGAAUGUGACUCUGGAUCCAGACACGGCUCAUCCCAGGCUCAUCGUGUCUGCAGAUCGGAAAUGCGUGAGAUGGGGAAACACACAGCAGGAUCUCCCUGACAAUCCCAAGAGAUUUGAUUUUAUUCUCUGUGUGCUGGGCUGUGAGGGAUUCACCUCGGGGAGACAUUUCUGGGAGGUGGACGUGGGAGAUGGGGGACGGUGGGCCGUGGGGGUGGCCAGAGAGUCUGUGAGGAGGAAGGGAGAGAUCAUCCUGAACCCUGAGGGGGGGAUCUGGGGUGUGCGACAGUGGGGGGGCCAGUACCGAGCUCUCACCUGCCCAACAACCUUCCUGUCCAUGAGCUACAGCCCCCAGAAGAUCCGUGUUUCUCUGGACUAUGAACAGAGGCAGGUGACAUUUUUCGACGCUGAUAACAAGGUUCUGAUCUAUACUUUCCUGCUGGUCUCUUUCACUGGGGAGAGAAUCCACCCUUGGUUCCGAGUGGGGACGGGAUCUCAGCUCAGGCUCUGUCCCUGAGACAAGAGGGGAAUGUCCCACUGGGGACCCUGCAGUUUUCCCUUGUAGCCUCUGACGUCCUCAUCUCUAUGGCCCUGGCCAAGUCCCAGCUUCCCGCAGACCUUCUAAUGCAUACUCUGGAGUGUCCAAACCACAACAGGCUACCAGGGAGAGGUGGAGAUACAGAAGCCAAUCUCAUUGCCACAAGGAUUUGACACCUGUUUGUCACGGUCCUCAGUGAUCCAGAAGGACUCUAGCUGCCUGUAGGGUCGGAGACUGAUAGAUGGGAGCCGUAGUUAAUUAAAGUGAAGGGCAGUGAAAAGGAGAGAGACACAAAGCAACGUACGUGACAGUGGGAUUGGUGAAUGCUAAUGAAAGCGAUGCUGUCACUCACGGCAUAGUUCAUCCAUUCAAUGCACUAUUGGGGCAUGAAAAGUAGGGCCACUUCUGUGCCUUUAUAAGGGCUUUGUACAAAUUUUGCAACUUUUCUCUUUUUUAAUUAUUCAGUGAUCACUGCCGGGGAAAAAUUGUGCCAGGUAAAGGGCUGGUGCAAGGCACUUGCAUCACAGAGCAGAGGGAGCAAGGUCUAGGUUGCAAGAGGGCAGACUUUGGGAAAUUAAGGGAAUUAGUUAAAGAAGUCGCUGGACUGACGUUCGCAAGGACUGAAAUGCAAAAGCAGCUUGGAAUUUCUCUGGCCCAACUGUACAAAAGCUAGCUGAAAUUUACAUCCCAAACAAGGGAGGGAAACUUGUAGGAAAAGGCUCCAGACCUGGCUGGCUGGAUAACCACCAAUAUGGAAAGGGAAAAUGAUGAGCAAAGAAAGCUACAUCAAGGAAGAUAGAAAAAUGUUCGAAUAAAGUGAGAAUUGCUGAGAGUGAUGCGGAAUUAGCUCUUGCCAAAUGAAAUAAAACAAAUACUGAGUGGUUUUUUAGUUACAUAAAUGAAAAGAGAAUGAGGAAGGAAGUGGUAGGGCCACUAUGCACUGUGGAUGGGAAAGAGAUUAAAGAUAAGCUACAGUAUAGCCCAGAAGCUAAAUUCGCAUUUUGCCUUGGUUUUCAGUGAGGAUGAUCAUAUGAUCUUACAAAGUAUUAGCCGAGGCAUUUCCAGCAGAGGCUGAGAAGUAUCAAUGACAUUGCACAAGGCACUGGUAAGAUCUCAUCUGGCAUACUGUGUAGAGUUCUCGUCUCCCAUGUUCCAGAAAGAUUAAUUUAAACUGCAAUAGGUACAGAGAAGACCUAGUAGGAUAAUCAGGGGAAUGGAGACAGGGGUGCUGGAAUGGGGGGACCAGGAGGCCACGGUCCCCUCACUUUUCACAGUGGGUGGGCCAGGCCCAUCCACUUCUUAACAUGAGUGUAGUUUGAGGGGCAGGGAGCUGCAUUGCCCCGCCAAAAUGCAAGCAUCAGGCAGGCGCGGAGCGACACAAGCAGGGGCUGCACUUCGUGACCCCUGCCUGCAGCGCCAGCCUCUUCCCAGCCGGCCCCUCUCAGUGGCCCCACCUCUGCUCCUCCUCUUCCCCCCAGGGGCCCGUCCCCUGGCCAGGCCAGAAGGCAGAGCCAGCCUGCUGCCCAGGGAGUCCAGGCUGCUGUGGGGAGCCCUGGGCCCUCCAUCUGCCCUGGGCGAUGCGGUAUAAUCGUGUGACAGAAUACAGCUCUGCAUUCACACCCUACACACUAUUGUAAUAAUCUUUGUACAAAGUAUGACUUGUAAGUGAGGCUGUGAAUUUGUCACGGAAGUCACAGAUUCUGUGACUCUCCAGGACCUCUGUGACUUCUGCAGCAGCCGGUGCAGCUGGCCCGGGGGCCGCCUGAGCAAUUCAGGCAGCCCCUGGGCCAGCCACACCAGCCACUGCUGGGGCAGUCUCGCCCCCCCCCU